UUGAUGUUCCAAGACGCUCUCGUGCAUCCAACCGUUCAACCAGUCCUCUCGAGAUAGCUGCCAUCGUCUUGUCAGCCAUCGAAUUACCCAGGGAUCGGUCGAUCGAUCGACAUCCAUCAUACAGCAUCGACUACUUUCGCCUUCGACAUCCACUUUACUCUUCGAACCAUACACCUUCUUCUUGCUGAACCAUAACGACCUCGAUCUAGGGAAUCCUCUACACAAGUCAUUCGUAUAGAAACCGAACAGCACAGAUCGCAAAAGGAUGUCCGCACCGCCAACGUUGGAGAGCAUCCCAGAGGAGAUCCUGACGAACAUCGGCGUUCACCUCGCACUCCUCCCUGAUACCCCACCUCCGUCCUCAUCGACAGCAUCAUCGCCAGAUGAAUCAUGUCCGUUGAGAGCAUCCUCUAGACAUAUCCAGAAAACCAGUCCUCACCCACACGCCCUCAUCCCCUUGCUUCAAACCUCGAAAUACAUCCACUCUCAAUUAUGCCUCAAGAACAAUCCUAGGUUGUACGCAGAGAUCUUUGCGGAGCGAUUCGAUACGGGGGCGAUCUUGAGGCGGGAGGGGGAACGGUUGAAGAGCGAGAAUGGGCAGAGUCGCGGGUCAGAGGACGAAGUCGAUAUCGAUGACGAUAUCUAUAUCACUUCCGAGAGCACUGGCGAUAUCGACCUCGAUGUGGAUAUCGAGAACCGCAUCGAAGAUUCUGCCGCGGAGAGGAGUAGAGGUAUAAAGGCACGUGGGAUGGCACGCGAACUCCGAAGACGUUGUAUCGCCUUGCAUAACCUACAUCGGGCUGUUCAACUCGAGGAUGCAAAGAUCUUGAAGGAAGAGGACGUCUGGACGAUCUACCUGAUGUUGCUCGAAAACGAUGGGAAGAACCUGCAAUACCUGCUCGAUCCAGCCCCACCUCCCGUAGCUCCCACCUCUACCCCCGCCUCCCUUUCUCCGACCGCAACCUCGUCAACGCCCAGGUUCCAUCUCCCCAAGCCUAAAACUACCCCGCCGACGCCCGCCCGUACAGGUGUUCUUAUGGAUUACCUGGCUUUGUAUCAUAACGAGCUCGUCAACGAUGCCACCCAGCCCGGACUACCGAGCACGAGUUGUGAGAGGAUUCUGUUGGUCUGGAUCAUAUGGUUGUUGACUUCACGGGCGUUGAUCGAGUCGGAGGAUGUGGACGUGUUGGAAGAGUUCUUGUUCGUGCUCCGGCCUUAUGUCUUUGCUGCAGGUCAAUUCGACAUCUUCUUCGGACCUUGGACGUACCCUCACCUCCCUCUCCAUCCCGGCGUGCCCCCGUCUUCCCUCCCUCCACUCCCACCCUCAAACGCCCGUCGGAACCCUUACAAAGCAGAACUAUCCCUCCAUCCGCGUUCAGUCGCCAUAGAACACUACGGCCGGCGCCUGAGGAUCGCUCCGCCCGUACUGAGUCACGCAGCGAUCAUGAACUUUUUCGCUAGGGUGGACAAGUUGCUGGUGAGGGUGCAGAUGGUCGGGAACGUGACGAAUAUAGGGAACGGGAAUCAGAUCACGCCCGAGCAAAAUCGAGUGAUCGUCUUUCAGCCGAGGAGAACCUCGAGGUACACGUCAUAUACCUCAGUAGAUGAUUCCGUGUUACACGACCAGGAUUACAAGCGUCUGACACGGUGCAUCGAUCCGAGGUCGUUAGACGGGAUGGGGAUCGAGGAUUGGUACGGUCGCUUUAACGGAUGUUGGGAAGGUAAUUUCUCGUUCUUCGAUUUCGAUGCUUAUCGAAAUAUGUUGAGCGGAGAACCGAGUGCGCUAUAUGAGGGUCAGUUUGGGGAACAAUCGCAAGUCUGGAAGAUGAGGGAGGUGUAUGUCCGGCCGACCAGGACAGCCGGAUCAGUCGCAGGGCCGUCGACGGCGGCACCGUCAUCGUCGGCGGUCCCGUCAUCGUCGGCGGUCCCGAGACGACCGCAAGCUAGAACCGUUCUGUCCGGCCUGUCAGAAGCUUCGGAAGACUCGACGACGUCUUCUACCAACUCUGAGACCCCAGCGAGCAUGUCCGCUGCCUUGAAUGCCGGAUUCGCUCCGACCACAUCGGCCUUUGACCGGAUCGUGCCCAUGCUUCCAAAUCAAGGACGAACGCACAGCUCGAGCAUGACCACCAACGCCGUGGUCAGUCUGCUCGAGAGAAAUCCGACGGACGAGCAUAUCGUGGCCAUGCUAGGCGGAUUGGAGGGAUACGAGAUGGUCCCUGAGCGAGAGGUCGAGAGGAUCAUCAAACGACGUACAGAGGGGGAUGAGAAUGGAGAUCCGUGUAACGAAGGGGAUGAUCUCGAGAUCAUGUUGCUUGGUACCGGUCAUUCGGCAUGGGGUGAAUUCUUGCUCCGAGGUCGAGUCAGACUAUGGGACGGGAUGGCGAACCUCGUCAAAGAGUAUUCGCCGGACGGACGCGGAAAAUGGGUUUACCGUGGCUACAUCGUCUCUGGAGGCGUCUUUGUUGGUCGCUGGCGGGAUUGUGUGACUCCCGACGAGUACGUCGGAUACGAAGGCACUUUUACGCUGUCACAACGAGUCGAUGUCACGCAGUGAUCAGAUGUGAAUGCCACACGUCCCGACUAUCAGGACCCAAAUGUAUACUUGCGCCUUCUUGCCCGCCCUUGCUUUGUGUAUCGCUUCUUGUAUCCACUUUCCUGUUCAGCGUUGUUUUUAUAUGUAUCAGAUCUCCUCGAUAAUCGUUCGAUGCCAGAAGAAUCACGUUG